AUGGACGUGAUACACCCAGAGGGGUCUAUCAAGCGAAUAAUUGAACGCAAGCGCCUAGAAUUCGUCUCGAAUAUUUUGAUGAUUGGCUGCGACUUCCAAUCAACGCUAGGCAUCGCGUACAUGAUUACGGUCUUCUCACAAGCAUCGAUCAUGGAUACAUAUCACUUACACCUCGUCUUCGACAUCGUCAGCUUCGUCGGAGUAUCUAAUACAGCCGCCCUCGUCUGCUGGAGGUUCUGCCGAGCGAAGAUGAAACAACCCGACACGAAUAAGCGUCCCUCCGAACGAAUAACAUACCUUCACAACCGCUACCGAGCGACCUUCAUAUUUACCGCCCUAUACCUGGCCCUUACCAUCCUCCUCUGCAUACGCCUCAACCAAUGGGCACCGAAGCAGGAGCCCGGCCGUUGCUAUUUCUCGCAUAUGGUGACCAGUGACAGUGGUUCACACCCGGGCUCGGACAAGGUCUAUGUGGCCAUCACAAGCAGCUGGCUUAUACUGGUGAUGCUAUUCGGCGUAUUCGGUGGGGUUAACAAAAGGCGCACGAUCCUGAUUCUCGCCUCGCUUCACUUCCCCUUGCACCUGUAUAUGGCAAUUGCGCUCCGACAGGCAAACCAGGGCAAGUUUGAGGGCGAGAUGAAGCACGAGAAUGAGUGGGACUUUGGCCAGACGACGGCCGUUCUGUUGCUAGUGAUUGCCCUCAUUGAGCUGGUGAUUAAGUGGAAGGAGUAUUAUGAGUUCGAGAGCGAUUUGGCUAAGCACGGCUUGACUCGACGUCCGACGAGCGACUUGCUUCAGAAGGAUGAGGAGGCCAAUGAGACGAUUGCGAAUAGUUAUCUCCUCGGUACGCCUACUAGAGCUAGACAGGCUUCUGAAGAGAGGCAACCUGGUGCUGGAGACGACACCUCACAUUGA